GGUGCGCACGUAUAGAGAAGGUGCGUGUGCGUCGUGGGUUUCCCAUAGCGAAGGAGGGAGAGAAACGUGAGAAAGUUCUCUCUCGGGUUCAAAAUAUAUAAACACAAACUCAUUUUCUCCUCGUGUUUCUCUUCACCACGCAUUCAACAACUUCUUCACCGGUGCAUGUCUCUGUCUGACAGGAACUGAGAUUCUUUCUCAAUGCCUCUUUUAAGGAGAAAGCCUUUGGCUUUGGCUGAGCCUCCCGAGGAUUUGAAGCCAGAUGAGCAUGUUUACCAAGUUCGAUUUACAAAAGAAAUUUUUCGAGAUUAUCACGAUUAUUUGCAACGUUUGAAUCUAUACCGCCAGAGGGUUUGGUCAUGUAAGGUCACUGGAAAAACUGGCUUGACUUAUGAAGAGGCUAUUGUGUCAGAACAACGAGCGACUGAGAAGUUCCUACAGUUUCCAAAAGAAUUCAUGACUCCUGCUUUAAAGAUCAUUCAGUACAGUAUGCUCCCUUUGAAGGAGCUUGCCGAUUCUCUUGCUGAAAAAUUGCAGGAGCGUUUGUUUGUUGGUGCGGAAUUGUAUGGAAAAAAAAAUGAUGAUGUAUGUCCAUGCAAAAUAUUAAAAGUCAUCCAUGAAGGAGCCGAUAAAUACUGUUAUGAGGUAGCUUGGUACGACAAAAACAAGAAUAUAAGUGAAAAAACAGAAGUCCAUGCAGAAGAUUUGGUGCAGAAGAAGCCCCUUUUUAGUAGAAAUACUCUAAAGUCUUUCAUCCGGGAAUCUACCUAUCGAAAUGCCCCUUGGGUUUUACAUGACAAACUGGCACAAAAUCAUGGUAUCUCCACCGAUGUUCCUGAGGAAUUAAGAGGAAAGGUUUUUCUCAAAGACGGACUUAUAAUUUGCUCCAAGAAAAGGAAUAAUGAGGAAUCAAUGGAAGAAGCCGAUAAACAUAAAAGAAAGAAGUUGGACAGGACACUAGUCAAUGGUUCUGCACAAGAGAAAGAACAUGAAGAACACAAGGAAAUCCCAGUCAAAUAUCCCAUUGAUGAUCUAUUGGUGAAGCCUAGUCCAGAUGACCCUGUUUUCACUGAUCGUCCUUCUCCAUCAAGAGACUUCAAUGUUCCAAUGCAUUGUGUAGGGAAUCUCUUAAUGGUGUGGGAUUUUUGUACUUCUUUUGGUAAACAGUUAAACUUGUCGCCGUACUCUUUGGAAGAUUUUGAAAAUGCAAUCUGCCAUAAGGAUGGGAAUGCGGUUCUCCUUGUCGAAUCUCAUGCUGCACUUUUUCGAGUUCUUAUCAAAGAUGAUGGUGAAUACACUUCAGCUGUACAGAAACGAAGUGUGAAGAAGAUAACAAUGGUUAACUGGAGAGAAUAUUUAUGCGAUUUUCUAGAAAUGAUCAAUAUUCCUCAAUUACGGCACUGUGAAGGAACCAUAAAACGGGGACAUUAUUGCCUUGUAGAUGCCAGUGCUAAACUAGAAAUCUUAUGUGAGUUGGUCAAUCGAGCCCUUGAAACUGCAAUUUUCAGGGAAAACUUGGAUGAGUUUAUUGAACAGAGGCAGGAACUUGGGGCCUCUAAAAGAGAACAAGCACUAGAAGAAGGUAGAAAGAGAAGAGAACAAAAAGAGAGGUUGAAAGCUGACUCAGAAAGCAACGGGAAUCAUCUCAACGGUGCUGAUAUUCUUUCAAACAAUAAUCACAUUAAACAAAAUGGACAUGUGGGGAAGAAAAUAAAUGGAGAGAUAGAAUCAUCUAGGCAAGACAAUUCACUGGGUAAAAGCGGGGUUAAGCGUUCAAGCCCUGCUUCAAAAAAGACUCCAAAAAACCUGGAUACAGAGCUGAAAGAACCAGCAGAAAAUGGAAAAGAAUUAUCCAGAAAGGAUCCAUCAGAGAAGAAUAGUAUAGAGCAGAGGAGAGAAUACUUUGAACGAGAGAUGGAGAAACGACCUAUUAGUAGAAGCCCAUUAGGUAAAGACCGAGACUACAAUAGGUAUUGGUGGUUCCGUCGCGAUGGGAGGAUAUUUGUUGAAAGCUGCGACUCCAAGGAGUGGGGAUACUACAGCAGCAAGGAAGAGCUUGAUGCAUUGAUCGGUUCGCUGAAUUGCAAGGGUGAGCGGGAAAGGGCACUGCAAAAACAACUGGAAAUAAAUUAUCGUAGUAUAUGCACAGAACUGCAGAAAAGAUCAAAGGAAUUGUUGCAGAAUAUUGCGAAUGACGAGUCUGUGCUUCGAAGGUCUACUCGUGUUCGAGCUCCACCCAGGGAAAAUCCUGCCAGUGCUUUCCUCAAAUAUGUUAACAAGUGGAAAGAAGAUUAGCAAUGGGAGCUUGGAAUUUUUAAGAGACUGAGUUGUUUCAUAGCGUUGAAUGUAGUUUUUGGAUCCAUUUUGGAUGAUGGACAAGCGUGUCUACGCUUGUAUAUGAAAUUUUGCAUGACUUGCACCAUUCUUCAAUAAUAGUAGAAACUGUAACAAAUACUCCCUUUUUGUUUAUGAAGAGAUGUUUUCUAGGUAGGAUAAAUCAUAUGUCUGUUCAAAGCGUGUCUACGCUUGUAUAUGAAAUUUUGCAUGACUUGCACCAUCCUUCAAUAAUAGUAGAAACUGUAACAAAUACUCCCUUUUUGUUUAUGAAGAGAUGUUUUCUAGGUAGGAUAAA